AUGCCAAACUCCGAGGAGGCCUCCCCAGAUUAUCUUAGAAACAGCGCACCGCUGCCACCUUCAAUAUUGAGCCCACAGAAGCUGUUUAAUACUAUCCGCAAGGCGAUACUUGGAUCGCGUGAACAUAAUGAGUUGAUGUUUGAGAAUAUCCCUACUGAAACUGGCCUUUUGGUCACGAACUCGCUGAUCAAAGAUCCAGAUAUUGAGAAUGCCUGUCCUAGAAUCAAUUAUAACUCGCUCACUCAAACCAUUGAUAUCAGAAUAAUGCCUACUUUUGUGCACGACGCCCACCAACGAUGGAUUGUGAAUGAGAUAUCACGUAUGGUGUCUUCGGGAUUUUUAACCCAGGCAGAAUCCGACAUGGUCGCAUUUCUCGUUAGCACAACCUUCAAAGGUUUCCGGGCGCCUUACUCUAGUUCGGUUAAAGAACCUGACACCUGUUUACUCCCUGAUAAUCAACCAUUUCCAUGCAUCGUUAUUGAAACCGGGUGGUCUGACUCAUGGGCUAAACUUUGCCGUGAUAAGGAUUUGUGGCUACAUGGCGGAUUUCCUCACGUGCAGUUUGUUUUUUGA